UAUUCGUAUUCUAAUAAAAGAAUAAUUUUCAUUUGAUAACAACGUAAGGCGAUAUAUUAAAGGAAGAUUUUAUUUUUUUUUUUACUUUUUGUGAGAUAUGAUUGCUUCGUAAUUAGUUCAAUAAAAUACAUGGACGUGGCCUUGGUUUAGCGCCGCCAUUCGCCAUUGUUGGUUGUAGCAAAAAGAGUUUACAAGUUUACUUUUAUAGGAAGAAGUAUUAAUUUUGGGCAUAAAAUAAUACGAGAAUUUAAUCGAAGAUAAAUAUGGCUCGUAGCCGGAAAGAUAGUACUGGCAAAAGCGAUUCCGAAGCUACGGAUAAAGAAAGUAAAAGGGAGAGAGGUAGAGAAAGAGAAAGAAAAAAACGUGCAGCUUCCUCGUCGAGCAGCGGUAGCAGUUCAUCGGACAGUAGUUCUGGAUCGUCCAGUUCUAGCAGCGGUAGUAGCUCUAGAUCGAGCUCUUCCUCUAGUACUUCUUCCAGCACUUCUGGAAGCUCUUCCGGAAGCUCCAGAGAUAGAGGACGUAAAAGAAGUCGAAGUAAGAGCGUUGAUGCUUCUAGAAGACAUGAUAAUAAGGAAAAGGAAAGAGAGAAAGAUAGGGACAGAGAGAGAGAAAGGGACAGGGAUAGGGAUAGAGAAAGAGAUAGAGAUAAGGACAAAAAGAAAAGUAGUAAUUCUGUUGUUGAUAAGCCUAAACCUAAAGGACGCUCUAGAUCUCCAUCUCCACGUCGUAAACGUAGAGAACGUUCUCCCAUUCCAAGGCCAACAAAGAUACAUAUUGGGCAUUUAACAAGAAACGUUACUAAGGAACACAUUAUGGAAAUAUUUUCAGCAUAUGGUCAGAUUAAAAUGGUUGACUUCGCUAUGGAUAAACUUCAUCCCAAUCAAGGACGUGGAUUCGCUUAUGUCGAAUUUGAAACAGCCGACGAAGCUGAAAAUGCUAUGAAACAUAUGGAUGGUGGACAAAUCGAUGGACAAGAAAUUACAGCUGCUCCUGUAUUAUUGCCAAAACCAAGACCAAUACCAAUGCGUAGAAUGUCACCAGUCAUGGGAAGACGCGUACCAUUACGAUGGGGAGGAGGUAGAAAUACUCCCCCGCGUUAUCGUAGACGUUCACCCCCAAUGAAUCGACGUAGAAGUCCACGUCCACCUAGACGCAGACCUAGAAGUCGUUCACGUAGUCCACAAAAUAAUCCACGGCAUCGACAUCGUCGAUACACAAGAUCCAGUUCAAGCAGCUCCCGAUAACACUUUCUUUGUAUAUAUAAAAGUUAUGAACCGAAUUUGACUGAAGAUGAUUUAUCGGAUUGCUCACUUUGAUAUAACAAACAAACAAACAAACAAAAAAAAAAAAGAAAAAAAAAAAAAGAAAAAAUAAAGAAAGAAAAAAAAGAAAAAAGAGCAAACUUAACAUCUACGAUGAAUUGUGCAUACAGAGUACUCAUAGGUAUAUUGUAUUUCCUAUCAUCAAAUUUUGCACGUUACGAGAAUCGUAAAAAUAAUUUUAUGUUUUAUCGAAUAGUUACAUACCGUCGCGUUAAUUUCUGAAAUAUACUGACUUUCUCACAUGAUCAAUGGUAUUUAGCACUUCAUUGGUACCUGAGGACUAUAUUCGUUAAGAAAUUACACGAAAGUUAUUCUCAUUUCUACACAGUUAGAAAAAUAUCAAACUUAUCGCAAUUGCUAUCAGUAAUAUCUUGUAAUCAAUAUAGUAUUAAUUCCAAAUAUAACAAUUAAAAUGUAUGUUAUAUUGAUAAAAUCCCAGUGCCAAUGCCAGUGCUCUUUUUCGUUCAUUUUUCUUUUUUUGUUAUUUACCAGGUCAAAAAAAAAAAUAUUGUUAUACAUAAUCGUAAAGUCAUUGGUGAAUAUUUUAUAGAAAGAAAAAGAAAGAGAAAAAAAAGAAGACAAGCAGAAUUGUUAACUAAAUUUAAAGUAUAAGUGUAACUACAUAUAUAUACAUAUAUAUACAUAUAUAUACAUAUAUAUAUAUAUACAUAUAUACAUAUAUAUAUAUAUAUGUAGUUAAUAUAUAAUUUUUCUUUAAAAAUAUUUAAAUACUCUAAAUAUUGAUGAUAUGCUUAAGUUUUUUUUUUUUUCUUCUUUUCUUUUUUUGUUCUUUUCAAAUCAAUGUAUUUUCAGAAAUGACGUAGGUUUAUGAAUUAGAUUAUAAAUUUUUUCUAAUAGUUGUGUAUCUUUCUAAGCGUAUAAUCUUGUCCACCACUUGCUUAUUAUACUCCAUUAAAAUUAGACGAUUUAUUUAAUGGAACACUGGCACGAAGCACGCGUUAUAAAAAUUGAUUGGAAUCCAUAUAUAUUGCAUUAUUUGAGAAUAUUGGGAAGUUAAUUCGAGAUGGAAAAUCAACAAUACAAAAAAGAAAUAAUGAAAGAGAUACAAGAAAAAAAAAAAAAAAAAAAAGAAAGAAAGAAAAAUGAAAAGAAAAAGUAAUGAAAAAGCAAAAAAGCCUGAUCUUUCAAUAAAUGUUUUUAUAAACGUAGAUCCAUAGCGAGUAUUAUAUAAUGCCUUUCUUGAAUUUUCUCUCUCUGUAUGUAUCACACGUGUGCGUUAAAGUUAAUAUUAAAAUCCGCGCACAAAAUUUCUACUUUAUGAUUUCUACUUUAUAAUUUAGGAUUGAUUGAUUGAUUGAUUGGUUGAUUGAUUGAUUGAUUGAUUGAUUGAUGAUAUAUAUAUAUAAUAAUGAUGAUGAUGAUUAUGAUGAUGAUUAUGAUGAUGAUUAUGAUGAUUAUGAUGAUGAUGAUGAUGAUGAUGAUGAUGAUGAUGAUGAUGAUGAUGAUGAUGAUGAUACUGAAAAGAUACACAGAUUUGAUAGAAACUAUGAUUAUUAGACCCUUUUACAAAGAAUCAAUUUUUAGAAAAAACCUAUAUUCACACAAAAAUCCUUCCUUUUAUAUACUUCGUGGUAUCUACAAGAGAACAAAAAGUCAUUGCAUCUCGCACAUUAUUUGCGGUGACACAAUAUUGCAUCGAUGUAAAAUUAUCUACAUAUUUAUUUUUCUUUCAUUAAAUUGCGCGUGGUCGUUUAAUUAUCAAUAAUGUACACUUUUAUACGUGAAAACUUUACAAUAGAAACUAAGUGCUCUUGUGUU